AAGUUUCGGAUUCAAAUCAGCGAAGACUAAACUUACAAUGUGGAUUGCACACUUCGCCCCUGGCUUAGCAGCCAAACCACUUGCGCCAUCCGUGCCGCUCUCACUUCUCGCCCUUGCAGGGGCAAUCCCAGAUGCAGCAUUCUUUGUCUUAUCCUUCCUCCAUCUUGAGAGCUUUAGAGUCGACCCAAACCUAAUGAAACGCGGCUGCUUCCCCUAUGCGACCGACUAUCCUAUCAGUCAUUCGUUAGUAGGUAUGGCUGUAAUCGGUGCUGCUUUCACUGCUGGAUACACCAUGAUGACGCAGCGCAGAGUAUCCAUCCAGGAUCAGCUCGUACUGAUGGCUGUUACACUAAGCCAUUUCAUUCUCGAGGUGCCUUCCCAUCGACCUGACAUCAAAAUAAAACCCACCGAUCCAGACUCAGCCAAUUUAGGAUCAGGAAUGUUUGACCAUCCUGUGGCACUAUUCAUCGUCGAAUCGUUCCUAUUCCUACUCGGGCUUUCGAUGUAUGCAACUUUCUCACCACUUGCAACCCGAGCAGGUUACAAGAAAGAAGGUCGAAUGUAUCGUCUGUGGGGAGUAGUUGUGUUUAUGUUGGUGCAGCAGGCGCAUUUCUGUUUUGGAGCAGCGCCUACCACAAAUACGACAUGGGUGCAUGGCCCAACUUUCUUAUCCGAGAUUUUGCUGAGUAGCUGGUUGCUUGGCAAGCUUGAGUCCUAAAAUGUUAUUGAGUUCGAGUCAACAAACAGAUCACCUGCACUUACUUUUUUCAUUCAUAAACUAUGUCCCCUAUAUGAUAAUCCUAGCCUACAAUGACUAAAAAAUUACAUUCUUCAAGAUGAU